UUUAAUACUGAUGAUGAAAACAUGGCCUGUUUAAUAAUUACUCAUCACAUAUAAUCACAAUGCACUAUAUUAAAACCAAGGGUCUCCAUAAAUACUUCUCUUUCUUCUUCUUGUAAGUCCAUCAAGAAAGAAAAUUUUCAUUUUGAUCUAAGUUUUAGAAUCAGUCCAAAAUGUCCACCAAAAUAACUUACUCAGACCUAUUUUACAAUCUUUCUUACAAUCGAAGUCUAUCCCUAAAAUCCCAUUCUCAAUAUUCAAGGCAUUUGCAAAUUGGAAAAUCCCAUUUACAUACAAAAAACUUCAAUAAGCCUCUCAAUUUCGUCAAUUUCAAUGCCAAAGAUGGAAUAUUCAUUAUUAGGUGCAACGCAGCCAACAGUACUGGAUCACAAGCUCCUCCACCUGGCAAAUCUCCAUUCUUUGGAUGGAAAUGGUUGUUGGGAUUUCUUUUACCUAUAUUACUACCUUCAUUCCGGAACAAAGUCAACCCUUUACAACUACUCAAAAGUAAUGUGGAUAAAGCAGUAGAAACAGUGGAGACUAUGACUGAGAUAGUGGAAGAGGUAGCUGAGGAAGUAGAAAAGAUUGCUGAAGAUGUUGAAAAGAAACUUCCUGGUGAUUCAAAGCUUAAAGAAAGUCUUGAUUCAAUAGAAAAUCUAGCUGAAGGGGCUAUCAAGUAUGCCAAACAAGCUGAAGAUCUCAUUCACAAGAUUGAGGAUGUAGAGAAGGAGAUGGAGGACACAUCAAUGCAAACUAACACUACAAAUCAGGUUGAAAGGGUCAACCAAGGGUUAAGCGCCAACAAGAAUAAAAGUUAGCCUUCGAAAAAGUAGUCAUUAUGUACUCCAUAUUAUUACCUAUACCAUCAAAAGUAGUCAUUAUUUAAAUUUUAUCUGUGUAUUUUUCAUACUCUCGUCAUUAUUAUUUUCUUUGGGGCUGGUUAGGAUCCGUAUUAAACAUUGAUUGUAGUUCAAUUAUUUGCAUCAUAUAUGUUUAUGCAAUGUAUCAACAUAGACUCAAUAAUGGAUAUAUUACUUGAUUGCUUUCUAAA